AUUUUUUUAGACUACGUGUCUAAGCGAAGAAUGUGUCGUUGCAUUUCAGAUCGGUUAUAAUUUUCAAGUUACUGGCUGGAAUAGGGACAUGAAUCGGACGCCGAAGAUGCUCAACAGCAAGGUGGCUGGCUACAGCAGCCUGAUCACCUUCGCCAUCCUGCUAAUCGCCUGGCUGGCCGGAUUUUCCUCUCGCCUCUUCGCCGUCAUCCGCUUCGAGUCGAUUAUCCAUGAGUUUGAUCCGUGGUUCAACUACCGGGCCACCGCCUACAUGGUGCAGAAUGGUUGGUACAACUUCCUCAACUGGUUCGACGAGCGUGCCUGGUAUCCCCUCGGCAGGAUUGUGGGCGGCACCGUGUACCCCGGCCUGAUGAUUACGUCCGGCGGAAUCCACUGGCUUCUGCACGUACUCAACAUACCGGUCCACAUUCGCGACAUCUGCGUGUUCCUGGCACCGAUCUUCAGUGGCCUGACCUCCAUCUCCACCUACCUGCUGACCAAGGAGCUGUGGUCCGCGGGCGCCGGCCUCUUCGCCGCCAGCUUCAUCGCCAUCGUGCCUGGCUACAUCAGUAGGUCAGUGGCUGGAUCGUACGAUAACGAGGGCAUUGCCAUAUUCGCCCUGCAGUUCACCUACUUCCUGUGGGUGCGCUCCGUGAAGACUGGAUCCGUGUUCUGGUCCGCCGCCGCCGCUUUGUCCUACUUCUACAUGGUGUCCGCCUGGGGAGGCUACGUGUUCAUCAUCAACCUGAUCCCCCUGCACGUCUUUGUGCUGCUCAUCAUGGGCAGGUACUCGCCGCGCCUGCUGACAAGCUACAGCACCUUCUACAUCCUGGGACUGUUGUUCUCUAUGCAGAUCCCCUUCGUGGGAUUCCAGCCGAUUCGCACCAGUGAACAUAUGGCUGCGCUGGGAGUGUUUGUGCUCCUAAUGGCCGUGGCCACUCUGCGCCAUCUGCAGUCCGUGCUGUCGCGCAACGAGUUCCGAAAGCUGUUCAUCGUCGGCGGAUUGCUGGUAGGCGUUGGAGUCUUUGUGGCCGUCGUGGUGCUCACCAUGCUGGGCGUUGUGGCCCCGUGGAGUGGACGUUUCUACUCGCUGUGGGAUACUGGCUACGCCAAGAUUCACAUUCCCAUCAUUGCAUCCGUGUCGGAGCAUCAGCCCACCACUUGGUUCUCCUUCUUCUUCGAUCUGCACAUCCUGGUGUGCGCCUUCCCAGUGGGACUGUGGUACUGCAUCAAGCAGAUCAACGACGAGCGCGUGUUUGUGGUGCUGUACGCCAUCAGUGCGGUUUACUUCGCUGGAGUGAUGGUGCGCUUGAUGCUUACCCUCACGCCGGUGGUGUGCAUGUUGGCCGGAGUGGCAUUUUCGGGACUGUUGGAUGUGUUCCUACAAGAGGAUUCGUCAAAGCGAAUGGGCACAGCCGUAAGCACAGCCACCGAAGUGGAUGAGGCUGAGGAUUCCAUUGAGAAGAAGACUCUGUACGACAAGGCUGGUAAGCUGAAGCACCGUACUAAGCAUGAUGCCCAGCAGGAUAUUGGCAUCAGCUCUAACCUGAAGAGUAUUGUUAUUUUGGCCGUUCUAAUGCUGUUGAUGAUGUUCGCUGUCCACUGCACGUGGGUGACCAGCAAUGCCUACUCCAGUCCCUCCAUUGUCUUGGCUUUCCACAACAGUCAAGAUGGAUCUCGCAACAUUUUGGACGAUUUCAGGGAGGCUUACUACUGGCUUUCGCAGAACACUGCUGACGAUGCCCGCGUUAUGUCCUGGUGGGAUUACGGAUACCAGAUAGCGGGAAUGGCAAACAGAACAACGCUGGUAGAUAAUAAUACUUGGAACAAUAGUCACAUAGCGCUGGUUGGCAAGGCGAUGUCUUCAACCGAGGAGAAAUCCUACGAAAUUAUGACAUCUCUUGACGUGGACUACGUUCUGGUGAUCUUUGGCGGUGUGAUCGGCUACUCUGGUGAUGACAUCAACAAGUUCCUGUGGAUGGUCCGAAUUGCCGAGGGAGAGCAUCCCAAGGACAUUAAGGAAAGCGAUUACUUUACCGACCGCGGUGAAUUCAGGGUAGAUGCCGAAGGUGCUCCGGCCCUACUCAACUGCCUUAUGUACAAAUUAAGCUACUACAGAUUCGGGGAAUUGAAGCUGGACUACAGAGGCCCAUCUGGAUAUGAUCGCACACGUAACGCCGUCAUUGGAAAUAAGGACUUCGAUCUGACCUACCUGGAAGAGGCCUACACCACAGAGCACUGGCUUGUUCGCAUCUAUAGGGUAAAGAAGCCACAUGAGUUCAACAGGCCUUCUCUGAAAACCAAGGAGAGAACGAUUCCACCAGCAAACUUCAUCUCGAGAAAGAACUCGAAGCGUCGCAAGGGCUACAUACGAAACCGACCGGUUGUUGUUAAAGGAAAGCGAACCUUGAAAUAAACCCAAAUAAUAACUGUAUUGAUCUUUCACCAAUAUAUAUAUAACUUGGUUAAAACACUUUACACAUAGCACAUGGUUUGGUGAAAGUGUGUCCACCGCAUCCUCAUGUUGAGGGCUUUAAAUGCCGCCUCAAAAUCAACUUUCGCAUACUUCCCGACUCGUGUGACACAAUUUUAUCGAGUUGCUGCUUUGAUGAAAUUUCCCGUUCCUUCGAUUUAAAACUGUUCGCGGCUCCACCAUUCAUUGUCUUAAGCUAGCAAUUCAAUAAAGCAGAGUGUACAUUUUUAAACCUUAA